AUGGAGCCUGUGGCAUCGAUGCCCGAAGGAGAUUGGAGCUCCUUUAGUGGAAUGUCUUUUACUGAGGAGGCUGAUUUCAUGGCACAGUUGCUUGGUAACUGUUCAAUUCCGAACGAGCUACCAGGUAGUUCUAAUUAUGGAGUUUCCUCCAGUUUUUGGAAUGGUCAUGAAUCAUCAAAUGACACUAAUAAUAGUAUGUAUAAUGGUGGUAAUGGUUAUCUUUUUCCUCCUCCGAGUCAUGAGAGUUACUAUCCAAGUCAUUCUCGGCCUAUCUUGAUGAGAAAUGAUAGUUCAAUAACAACAGAACAUAAUCUGAUGGAUACUAAUAACCCAAUUGAAGCAGAUGACUUCCUUAACCAAGAUGUGAGCAAUGACAGUAUGGAGUUUGAUGAAAGCAUGCCUGGAGCUGUUCUUGAUGGAAAAGGCUUGCAUCUAGGAAGAACAGAUUAUGAGCAAUUUCCGGAAGAUAAAAUGGAUCGUCCAUCAGAGAGCUCUAAGAAAAGAUCCCGGUUGCAUGGUCCUGCUUGUCAUGUCCCAAAGAACAAGAGAAGCGCAAAGCUGGAAACGGACCUUAAGAUGUGCGAGACAGGUGGAAAAAACAAGGCUGUGCUUAAGAGGCAGAACUCUAUGAUCAGUUGUUGCUCAGAAGAUGAAUCUAAUGUUUCUCACGAGUUGACCCGAAAAUCCAGAGCCAGUAGGGGUUCAGCAACUGAUCCCCAGAGCUUGUAUGCCAGGAAAAGACGUGAGAGGAUUAAUGAGAGAUUGAAGAUCUUACAGAGUCUCAUCCCUAACGGUACCAAGGUUGACAUUAGCACCAUGCUUGAAGAGGCAGUCCUGUAUGUCAAAUUUUUGCAACUCCAAAUCAAGCUCUUGAGCUCUGAUGAUCUAUGGAUGUAUUCUCCCAUUGCGUACAACGGAAUGGACCUUGGGCUCGAUCUGAGGAUUGGCAUUCCAAAAUGAUAACGUUGAAAAGCUCGUGACAUGGCUGUGCUGGGUUUCUG